GCAUUAAGUAUUCAGUUCACUUUCUAGAGCGACAGCAGAAGGACAUCAUCACAUCCACAGUGAAAUCAACAUGAAGACCACAGUGGGACUGCUGCUUCUGCUGCUCACGGUUUAUUACUGCGCUGCUGCACCUCAAGGGUUGCGUGAAAUAUCUCCUGGACAAUGCUGUUUCAAAUUCUUUACUGGAAGGAUACCACCGAAGAAAAUAGUCUCUGUCAUCAAGACUCACAGCGCCUGUCUGGAAAAAGCAUUUGUGAUCGGUACAGCCGCCGGGAAGCACAUCUGUGUGAGCCAGAGUGUCACCUGGGCUCAAGAAGCUUUUAAGCAACAGCAGAUCGGUGAUGAAUGAAUACUCUUCAGAUUUCAUGAUCAACCAUAAUAAAGCUCUGUGUUAUGUUAACCCAUGCUAACAGCAAUUUUAUAAUGACUGUAUUUUCCAAAAUGCUUUGUGUAUAUAUAUAUAUUUUUUUAAAAACCACGCAAUCACGUUUUUUCAAUAAAAAUGUUCGGCUUUGAAUCGGUGGUUUAUUUUUUUAUUUUGUUUUGUUUGUGUUUUUUUAACGAGAAAUUUCCACACUUCGUCUUUUCCCUGCCAAAAAAUCCAGUAGCCUGUCAUACUGGUAGUGGACACAGGGCCUUCUGAUUAGGAGUGAGGCCGAAAACAGCGGUUGUUUCGUGGAACCUCAACAUGAACUCUCGUGUUCUGAUGAGUUUCUGCAGCAACGCUCAACACCGUUGACAUGAACUGCGUUUCAACUUAAAGCUAUUAAAACUGAACGGUGUUCCAGACGUUUCGCUGUGUGCUAGAGAAGUUUAAGAUAGCUGCGGUUAUAAAGUUCUGGGUCCAUAUCAAUGUGUGAAAUUACAAUUUUUAUUUUUUAAGUGUUCUUUGUUUGUUUGUGUUUUAAUAAUUUCAUUAAAUUGUUCGGGAAAAGACAAAUAUCUAGUAUAUAAUUUUUAAAGACUUUCAGGUUAAAUUUUUAAACAUUUAGUCAGCACUAAAUUGAUAUGACUGAACAGAUAAAUACUGGCUACUCACAUUAAAAUAUGCCAUCUUAUUCGCUGAUAUGUCGAUAUCGGCUAGCAGGGCUAAUAUCAGCCCAUAAUAAUAAUUAAAAAAAGAAUAUAUAUAUCUUUGCAUGAACUGCAGUUUAGCCACCAGUCACCUCGGCGGCUGUUCCUGCUUUUAAUGCUUUUAAUUUAUCUGCCUGAGCGAGUUUGAUCAGCGGUGACUCAGACCUGGGCGACCGUCCCUCUCCUUUAAACCUAAAAAAGAAGGAUUCGUUGAGUUUCAUCUGGAUCCCUCUGACCAAAAAAAUGUCACAGUGUUACAGAACAGUGGAAAAAACGUCUUUUUCAGAUAAUUGUACACGGCUCUCCUGAUAAAUAUCUCUUACUGCUCAGCACAAAUUCAAAUGCUCUGUCGUUCUACAUGUUUAUAAUGUCAAAAUACAUGAACUGAAAUGCACAGCCCCGAAAAAUGUUCUUUUUUGAACAUGAGUUGCCCCCUGCUGGCUGCUAAAAGAAUGCGACUUCAACCAUUUUUAAAGGUGACAAAAGAAAUCUGACAGAUUGCGAGAUGUAUGGCGCUGUAUUAAUAAAAUUGAAUUUAACGUGAGGAAUGAAAGGUGAAUGAAACUUCAUGUGUUUUUAUAUUUUUUAAUAGUUGUUAUGGGCCCUGUUAAAAACUCAGACAUCUUUGUGACGUCCGUAUUUAUUUUUGUGACCUGGUAACAAAGUCCUAAAUAAAAUUACUUACUUA